AUGCAAUUAUUCUCAAUAGAUAUUCAUCUAUAUCAAUUAAUUAUUUAUUUAUUAAUAAGUUAUACUGAAAAUCGACAAGUAUUAUAUGAUAAUUUCAAACAACACAGUGAUUUAUUUCUUUGUCCAUAUUAUCUAUUUCGUUGUGAUACAACACGUUGUUUACCUUAUGCAUUUGUUUGUAAUGGAGAAUACAAUUGUCAUGAUAGAACAGAUGAAAGUAACUGUUCAACAGCAUUAAUUGAUAAUAAUCUAUGUCCUACAAGUUAUUCGAUUAAUUGUGAACAGGAUAUAUUACAUGGUACACAUUGGAAUGAACAUGAUAAUCAUCAUGAAUAUACACGACCAAUACAAAUCUGUAUUAAACGGUAA